GAUAGGUUUAUGAACCUGUUCUUUGGAAUUAACCCUUAAGCCCAACAAUGCUGGACAUGUUGCCAUGGGCUAUAGGUUCCUUAAGGCAAGAUGAGAUGCAUUUAUAUCAUUAUUUAGACAAUGACUUUAUAUUUAUAUUAUUAUGUAGAUGUCCUCUGACUUGUUUACUGGGUUUACUGUGAAUGUGUGGUGAUGGAAAAGAGAUUCCUGAACUAGAUCAAGAUUGAAUAGAUUAGAGAGCUUUUGUAAUUGUGCUCUGUCCCUUUUUUUUGGUAACUUGUUUUUCAUUUAUUGUAGACAGUCAGCGCAAAUAUACAUGGUAAAAUAAUGAUGUAUCUAUUACAGUGAUCGACCAAAUGAGAGAAGUUAACUCUGUGCCUUUAAGAGGUGGGUCCACACAGAACAAGGAAGUCACAUGCCUACUUCCAGUGAAAUGAAACCUUCCCCAAGUUCCCCUUUACAGGUAGAUAGAUCAGGUGUGUGUCUGUGUGAGAGGGUAAAAUGGCCUUUAUUCCCGUGUCUCAGGAUGAGUUCAGCUGUUGUGUUUGUCUGGAUCUGCUGAAGGACCCGGUGACUGUUGCCUGUGGACACAGUUUCUGUUUGAACUGCAUUACAGGCUGCUGGGAUCAAGAAGACCAGAAGGGUGUUUACAGCUGCCCCCAGUGCAGAGAGACCUUCACCCCAAGGCCUGUUCUACGCAGAAACACAAUGCUGACUGAAGUUAUAGAGAAGCUGAAGAAGACUGAACUGCAGUCUGAUGUUAAGGCUCCUUCCUAUGCCGGACCAGAUGAUGUGGAGUGUGAUUCCUGCACUGGGAGAAAACAUAAAGCCAUCAAGUCGUGUCUAACAUGCCUGGUUUCCUAUUGUGAAGUUCAUAUUCAGCCUCACUAUGAAGGGCCUCGCUUUAGCAAGCACAAGCUGGUGAACGCCACCUCACAGCUACAGGAGAAGAUCUGCUCUCAGCAUGACAGGAUCAUUGAGGUGUUUUGUCGCACUGACCAGAAGUUAAUCUGUUUGUUGUGUUCAAUGGAUGACCACAGUGGACAUAAAACGGUCUCAGCUGUAGCAGAACGGACCGAGAGGCAGAAGAAGUUGCUGGAGACGAAGGUGGAGAACCAGACACAGAUCCAGCAGAGAAUGAAGGAGCUGCAUGAGGUCCAUCAGGCCCUGCUAACGCUAAAGGCCUCUGCACAGGAAGCUGUUGAGGACUCUGAGAGGAUGUUCACUGAGCUGAUCAGCUUCAUGGAGCAAAAGCGCUCUGAGGUGACCGAGUCGAUCAGAGCUCAGGAGAGAGCAGAGGUGAGUCGAGCUGAAGGACUCCUGGAGCAGCUGGAGCUGGAGAUCACUAAACUGAAGAGCAGAGAUGCUGACAUGGAGAAACUUCUACAGAAAGAGGAUCCUGUUGAUUUCCUCCAGAGCUUUGAUGCCUGCUGCACUUCAUCUGUAUCAAAGAUCCGUUCCAGUGUAACUUUCACUCCACAUCUCUCAACUGAUAUUAAGAGGCCGGCCCUUAAAGAGAUAGAACACAUGGUGUUGAGGUUAAAUGCAGAUCACAAAGCUACAAGCCAUGACUCCCAUCAGACUAGUGAACCCACACGUCCCCAUCAAAAAAGUGUCGUCCCAGAGAGAGGAUUCAAGGUGGGGGACAGAGUCCGAGUGAAGGCUUCUGUUAAAAAUCCAACAUGCAAUUGGGGAAACAAAGGUGUCACCCAUGAAAGUGUGGGCGUGGUACAAGGGCUCAAUGAUCCAGGGGCUUGGAUGUUAGUUGAUUUUCCUGUGCACACUUCCUGGCUUGCAGAACCCUCAGAGAUGGAGCUGGUCCUUUGAUGCAUUACGUGCCCUGAUUUAGAGGUCAUGACCUGACCUCUAUGACCUGACCUCUGGGCAUUAUGAAGGUCGUGAAGUGCAAGAGCAAAUUGCUGCAUGCACAGAAAGCAACAUUUUGACUCAUCAUUGACACACAAGUGCAAUGUUCUACAAGACCUUGGCUUUACAUCGUAACGUGUUUUUCAUCGUAACAUUGAGUUACCAACUCAAUGUUGUUUUCUUUGCCCCGGAAAUGCCUUAGGGAUGCACCUGUUUGUUUCUGCAGUUCAAAUGAUUUAAAGGCUUAUGAAUAUAUACGUCUAACUGUAUUUUGCUUCCUUUUGUCUUGUUGGCUGUAGAAAACUGCAUUAAAAACAGCAAAUUAUUUGGGAAAAGUAAUUUGUUUUUGGGUUCAAUAUUACUUACUUCAUGAAAUAUACAUAUACGCCCAUGAAAGACAGCAACAGUAUGUACAUGAAUCAAAAUGUCAUGUUAUGACAAAAGUGAGGCGAAUGAUAAAGAUGCUUUAGAGAUGUGUUGAUGAUAUUUUGAAUGUUGUGUGUCAUUUUGUUGGAGGUUUGAGGACUUUUGCAUUUUGUGUGAGCAAUUUGAGGUUUUGUGUGUACAGUUUUGAAAAACAGUUUUUUUUAAAUGUGUCUGAACAGUUAAACCUAGUGGGAGCAGGGAAAAUAGAACUCUUACGCCUUCAUGUGGACAUAUGUUGAACUACAGCAUCCAACAUGAUUAAUACAGCAUUCUGCACCUGUCAGCUCCAAAAAUUAAAUCAUCUCUAUUCUGUCCAGGAGUAGUUUUAAAUCUGAACUAGCUAAAAUACUCAAUGGAACUGUCUGGGUCAGAUGAUCCGAGAAACUGCCUUAAAAGCCUCUGUAAGUUGUAUCUGUAAGUGUGUACUUCUACAUUGACAGGGUUAUGUAAUUGUCCCUUUACUUCCCAUUUACAAAGCCUAUCGAAUAUAGCUUUAGUGUGCCACUGAAACGUUUAACAACCAGCCUCAUACCUGCAUGCUUCUUUUGCAAGCAAUGGAGGGAACAUGCAGAGACAUUGAGCAGGGGUCAUUUCAAGGGUGGAUAUGGCAUUUUGGGAUAUUGCAUAUUUUCCCUAUUGUCUAACAUGACAAGGACUUGUGGCCAGAUCUGAACUGAAGGCAGGAUCCAUAACGCCCCACCCCCGACACACUCAAUAGCAUUUUCUCCUGUAAUUGUUUUUUCUUUUCACUUUUGUUUUGUUGCUUUUUUUUUUUAUUGUUUAGAGUGCAUUCACUCACAGUAUCGCAUUGAUUACUGUGAUUAUAUUUUUUCUUCAUUCGGUAAGAAUGUUUGUUUUUUGUAAACACUUUUGUUGCAAAAAUGUCAGCUGAUUACUCUGAGAAAAUGACAAUAAAAACAGAAACACAA